AUGAUGAUAGCGAGGCUUACCAGCCUAUUGACCGGGUUUGGCCUGUUUGUCUCUGCCGUCCCCAUCUCUGAGACCAUCACUCGCGAUGUUGUGAUCCUGGGAGGCGGCAGCACCGGCACCUACGCUGCUAUCCGUCUCAAGGAUCUGGGGAAGUCGUUCGUCAUCGUCGAACGCAGCAACCGUCUGGGAGGCCACGGCGAGACCUUCUACCCGGCCGAGAACACGCCCAUUAAUUACGGUGUCGAAGGGCUCUUCAACACCAGCGCGACCCGAGCCUAUCUCCACCGGCUCAACGUCCCGUACGAAGUCCGCGUGCCAGCCUCCUCCAACGACCAAUACCUCAACCUACGAACCGGCAGCAAGGUGCAGAUCAAGUCCGUCGACGAGCAGCAAGCCCUGAAGCCAUACCUCGACGCCAUUGCGCAGUUCUCCUUCCUCACCGAUGGCCCCUACAACCUCCCCGACCCAGUCCCCGAGGACCUCCUCCUCCCGUUCGGUGACUUCGUGAAGAAAUACAACCUCGAGCCCACCAUCCUCCCCAACAUCAACCACGGCUGUGGAGACAUCUUCAACAUGAUGACCCUUUACCACGUUCAAUACCUGGGGAUCCCGCACGCCAAAGCCCUGGGUGAAGGCUACCUCCGCCCGGUUAACGGGAUGGCAGACAUCUACACACGCGCCGCGCGGGAACUCGCCGAAGACGUGCUCUUCAGCACAACCGCGCAGUCAAUCCGCCGCUCCACCGAUGCAGUCGAGCUACUGGCCGUCAGCCGCCACUCGAACGGCACCACAACUCGCACGCUCAUCCACGCGAAACAGCUCCUAGUCACCAUCCCAGUGACGCUGGACAACCUACACCCGAUCGUCGACCUGGACGCGCACGAAACCGACCUCUUCUCCCGCUGGCGUUACCAAACCUACUACGCCGCACUGGUCAACAACACCGGCCUCACCGACGGGGUCAACCUCCUCAACAUCGACCCGGACAACGCGCUCUCCGUGCCCCGCGAGCCGCUCAUCUGGCGCAUCGACGCCCAGCGCGUGCCGGACUACCGGACCAUCAAGCUGGUCGGCAACCAGUCGUUCACGGCGCAGGACGCGCAGCAGCUGAUGGCGGAGACGUUCGCGAAGCUGAGCGCGCGCGGCACGUACCCCGCGGCGCGGCGGCCGCACAUCGUGGCGUGGGGGGACCAUACGCCGUCCACGAUGAGCGUGAGCGCGGAUGAGAUCCGGAACGGGUUCUACCGCAGCCUAUACGGGCUGCAGGGUCGGCAUCGCACGUUCUAUACCGGGUUGGCGUGGGCUUCGGAUUACUCAACGCUGCUGUGGAGGUAUACGGAUACCGUGAUUGAGCAGAUGCGCGCCGGAUGGGGGAAAGAAGCGUGAUGGCAUUUUGUUGUGUUUAUUGUUGUGUUUGAGGUGAGGGGCUCGAGUAUUGGUGGAGAUGAGGGAUUGAUUUUGGUUGUGUCUGGGCUAUGAGCUGUUGUCUGCUUCGUGUGAUGCAUAGGUAUGGUAUCUUUCUCUCAGUAAGAGCCCUCUGCACAAUGUCUCCUUCUUCC